AUGAAUAAUAUUCGCUAAUCAAAUGAACUAUAAUUUAUUAAGAGAAAGUCACCUUAUCUAUUACAGAAAGCACCACAAAAACUAGUCAAAAUAUCAACCAUGUCUUAAACUUAAUUUAAAGAAUUUCUUGAAUCUUUGUCACUCAAUUUUACACAAUUAAGUCAGAAUCUACAAUAAAUGCUCACUCUAUAUAAUGUUCAAAUAUUCCAUGAAAAUGAAAAUGAUUAACUCAUUGCUAACUCUGAUACUGAUUCAUUUACUAAAUCUUAAUAAGACUGGUUGAUUAAAACUAUCUGUAAACUUGGAGUUAAUCAUCAAUUCUGGCCUGAAAUUUCAUAAGUCUUAAAUAAACCUCUUUAAGAAGUUAAAGCUUAUUGGAUUAGUCUGCAAGAUAAUUGGACCAAUGAAUAAGACAAUAAGUUGAUUUAAUUUCGAAAUUAAUAGCUAAAUUGGUUAGAAAUAGCUUUGAGGCUUGAUAAGAAUAAAAUAAAUUGUAAACACAGAUGGAACAACAUUAUAGAUCCUACUUUAUAAAAAACUCCAUUCACUAUUUAGGAUGACAUCUUAUUACUCUAAAAAGCUAUUUAAUUAAACUUCGAUUGGAAGAAAAUAUAAAAGAUUAUAUAACCAAAAAGAAGUCAAACAGAUCUAAUUUCAAGAUUUAUCAAAUUAUAAUCUGAAUAUAACAAUAUUGAUAAUCUUAUCUAAAGAGUUUAAUUUGCAAUUGAUUAAUUACCUAAAUAUGAUAAAAAUUCUAUGCGGAUUUUACCUCAAUAAUCCAGUAUAAUAGAAAAGACUAUAGUAGAAUAUGAAACACUUUCUAUUCUAGAUCUUAAUUUAUUUGAUGCUAUGUCACUACAAUUCUGUCUUGUGAAGCACAAUUAGAUAUUUUUUGUUACUCUUGAAUAUAUGCAAUAGUUGGUUAAUUUGAAGUUAAAUUAAAGAAAACUAUUAUAAUUUAUUAAAUGA